AUGCCUCAAUUCCUGCAGCAAGCUCUGCCAUUGCUCAGCGACACAUCCAACGACAUUCACCGGCAAGGGGCGGCCGAGGCCGUGGCGCUGCUCGUGGACACUCUCGAUCUUCAGAUUUUGCCAUACGCUGUGCUCUUGGUCAUCCCCGUCAUGGGACGCAUGAGCGACUUCAAUGCCGAUGUGCGAGCUGUCGUGGCGCGCACUUUUGGGCGGUUGCUCCGUAUUCUUCCCCUGGAGUCAGGCGUGCAAGAUCCCGAGGAAAUGGCCGCCAGCCUUCGCGAAGAGAAGCAAAAGCAUCGCACCUUUAUUGACCAGCUCAUGGACCCGACCAAACUAGAAAAUUACCGCUUGCCCAUCAAGAUCAAGGCUUCUCUUCGCUCGUAUCAGCAAGCAGGCAUUGAUUGGAUGAACUUUCUGCGCAAGUACCAGCUUCAUGGCAUUCUCUGUGAUGACAUGGGUCUUGGGAAGACCCUACAGGCUUUUGAAGCUACCGGCAAUCCAGACAGCCAACAUUUGCCGUCCUUGGUCGUUUGCCCCUCAACGCUCACUAGCCACUGGUAUCACGAGAUUGAAAAGUUUUGUGAGGGACUCACUCCGCUGCGCUUUGUGGGCACCAAUGCAUCAGCGCGCCGUGCCCUCUGGACUCAAGUUCCCGAGGCGGAUGUGGUCAUUGUGUCGUACGACGUUUUACGCAACGAUGCAGAACACUUUGCCGAGCAGCGAUUCAACUACUGUGUCCUGGAUGAGGGCCAUAUCAUCCGCAAUACUUCGAGCAAGGUCACCCUUGCCGUCAAGGGCGUGCAGUCGAACCACCGACUCAUUCUAUCGGGCACUCCGAUUCAAAACAAUGUUCUCGAGCUCUGGUCUCUGUUUGAUUUUUUGAUGCCGGGAUUUUUGGGUACGCAGCGCCAGUUCAACGAAGCGUACACCAAGCCCAUCCGUGCCUCGCAGGGCGUGCGAGCGACCAACGAGCAACAAGCUGAUGGGGCGCUCGCGCUUGAAGCCUUGCAUCGCCAAGUACUGCCUUUCUUGCUGCGUCGUCUGAAGAGCGAGGUGCUGACUGAACUGCCGCCCAAAAUCAUUCAAGACUAUCCAUGCGAGCUGACGCCGGUGCAGACGCACUUGUAUGAGGCAUAUAGCCAGUCGCAGACACGUAGCUUGGAUUCGGCAGUGGAUGCCGCCUCCUCAGGCCACUCUUCCAAGCAGGACAGCCAACACGUGUUUCAGUCCUUGCAAUUUCUUCGAAAGGUGUGCAAUCACCCAGCCCUGGCUCUCAAGAGUGGCACGGCCUUGGCGGAGCGGGUAUUGACCGAGGUGGCUUCUGCUCACCACCAGCCACGCGACUAUCAGCUAUCGGGCAAGCUUGUGGCCUUGCGACAGCUACUUAUGGAGUGUGAAAUCGCUGGACGCAGCGGUGACGCAAAUGCAGACGAAGCUGAUUUGGCUCGCACGGCUGUGGGUCGGCAUCGCGCCCUCAUCUUCGCACAGCAGCGCGCUUUUUUGGACAUUGUGCAAGAGGAGUUGCUGGAUAAGCAUUUGCCCGAGGUGACCUACCGGCGCCUGGAUGGUGGCGUGCCCGCUCAGCAGCGACAUGAUAUUGUGGUCGAGUUUAAUGAGGACCCAUCUAUCGAUGUUUUGCUUCUAACAACAAGCGUGGGCGGCCUGGGCUUGACGCUCACGGGCGCCGACACGGUUAUCUUCCUGGAACACGAUUGGAACCCCAUGAAGGACCUGCAGGCCAUGGAUCGUGCUCACCGCCUGGGCCAAACCCGAGUCGUCAACGUUUAUCGUCUCAUCACGCAGCGAACGCUGGAGGAAAAAAUCAUGAGCUUGCAGCGCUUCAAGAUCAACGUGGCUGAUACCGUCGUGAAUGCAGAGAACGCGUCCUUGUCCAGCAUGGGAACGUCGCAGCUGUUGAGUCUUUUCAAGGUCGACGAGGGUGAUUCUGCAGGGGCGACCGGGCGCGCGGACGCCCGCGAGGGCUCCCUUACAAACCUGAUGACUGACGUCGAGGACAUGUGGAAUCAGACAGAUUACGAAGACUUUAAUGUCGAUGCCUUCAUGGAAGGGUUUUCUUGA